AUGGAACAGCCCAACCGAGGUGAUGAGCCGCAUGCUGAGAGGAGGAACCGACCCAACCGAGAGGAGGACCAAUCCCAAUCUGAGGAGGAUGAUAGUUCUGACUCUGAGCCACCCGACCGUGACGCAUACCGACCAGUCCGUGGAGGGCGAGGCGGCCGGCGAGAGUACCGGGUCCAAGGCGAUGGGAGUCCGGUCAAUCCGGAUGCUUACAUUGAGUGGGAAAGGCGCAUGGAGUACAUCUUUAACUACUACCUGUACUCCGAGGCUAGGAAGAUCACCUUAGCUGCCGCCCAACUGACUGAGAAUGCUCUGGCCUGGUGGGAUAGAGAAGUUGCUGAGGCAGGCCGAGUCUAUAGAGUUGAGACUUGGAACGAGAUGCGAUCCAAGCUUCGCACCAGGUACAUUCCAACUUAUUACCAAAGGGACUUACUAAAACGUUUUCGAAAGUUGUCUCAAGGUACUAAGUCAGUGGAGGAAUACUUUGAAGAGUUCGAGGCUCUUAGGAACAAGCUCAAGACACGUGAUCCAGAUGAGACGCUGAUGGUUCAGUUCCUUGAUGGGUUACAAGACCGUAUUGCUCGUAAAGUGGAGAGGCAGCCGUAUGAGAACUUUAAUGAUCUCCUUCACUUUGCCAUCCAGGUGGAACAGCACAUCAAGAGGAAGAAUGUGUCCACGGCCAGGAGUAAGACCACUUGGCCUCCAGCCGGUUCCAAGGGCAAAUCCAUAGAAGUGGAGAACCAGUUCAAGAAGAACCAAUCUGAGCUGUCCAAGACUGGUCAAUCCGACCAACUUAAGUCUCAAGCUCAAACUCAAUGGACCCGUGACAUUACUUGUUUUAAAUGUCAGGGAAAAGGACAUUAUGCUAGAGAUUGUCCAAACAAGAGAGUGAUGGUCCUUAAGGCCGAUGGUGAGUAUGAAUCUCAAGAUGAGGCCGAGGUGGAGACGGAGGCAUCUGAUGAGGAAUUGGUCGAUUAUCCGGAGACUGAUGGUGGUUCUUGUACUAAUGUGGCCAGUAAGUAUCUUGUUGAUAAGCUAGGUUUGAUCAAGACUCCACACCCGCGACCAUACCGACUCAAGUGGCUCAAUGAUGAGACCGAGCUCAAGCUAGCUGAGCAAGUUGUUGUGUCUUUUAGUAUUGGCAGGUACCAUGACCAGGUGAAGUGUGAUGUUGUUCCCAUGCAAGCCGGCCACAUACUUCUUGGCAGGCAGGCCGGCCACCAUGGUCGGACCAAUGUCUACAGCUUCUGCCAUAACAACAAGAAGCACAACCUAGCUCCCCUUAGUCCACAAGAAGUCCAUGAUAUGCAGAAAUCAAUGGACCAGGCUGGAAAGGUGCUGCUAAUGGUCUUUAAGGAAAGUUGUUUUGCAGGUUUUGAAGCUCAAGAGCUACCUGGCGAGAUGCAAGACCUCAUGGAGAAGUACAAGGACGUCUUCCCUGAUGAUAUACCAGCCGGAUUACCCCCUAUCCGCGGCAUUGAGCACCAGAUCGACCUUGUACCAGGCGCACCACUGCCCGACCGAGCCGCUUACCGAGUUAAUCCUGAAGAGGCCAAGGAGUUGGAGAGGCAGGUCCAAGACCUCAUGGACAAGGGCUAUAUCCGUGAAAGCCUAAGUCAUUGUGCGGUCUCGGUCCUAUUGAUGCCUAAGAAGGACGGAACAUGGCGCAUGAGUGGAUACCACCAAGUUCGUAUGAAGGAAGGUUAUGAGUGGAAAACCGCCUUCAAGAUGAAACAAGGUUUGUACGAGUGGCUUGUGAUGCCAUUUGGCCUUACCAACGCCCUCAGCACAUUCAUGAGGCUUAUGAACGAGUCAGAGCUUAUCCGAGCAUGUUUAUCAUGUAGAACAGGUGCUGAAGGCAUUGGGGGACAGAAGGUCGAUGAAGAAAAGAUCAAGGCGAUCCAAGACUGGCCAACUCCGACCACAAUCGGCCAUGUCCGCAGUUUCCAUGGUCUGGCCAGCUUCUAUCGACGGUUUGUCAAGGAUUUCAGUACCAUUGCUGCCCCAAUGACAUCUGUGAUCAAGAAGAAUGUAUCCUUUACUUGGGGUCCUGCCAAAGAAGAGUCUCUACCUAACUUCGAUAAAACCUAUGAGAUUGAAUGUGAUGCAUCAGAUCAUGAGACUCUUAAACACUUGAGAGGUCAGACCGCACUCAAGAAGAGGCACGCCAGAUGGUUAGAGUUUGUGGAGACUUUCCCUUAUGUGAUUAAGUACAAGAAGGGCAAAGACAAUGUGGUGGCCGAUGCUCUGUCCCGGAGACACACUCUUAUCUCCACCAUGGAAGCUAAGAUCAUGGGUUUUGAGUAUAUUAAGGAUUCUUAUGUUACUGACCCUUAUUUUCAAGAAGUUUUCAGGAAAACCACCAAGAGGGCAGCCGGCCCCUACUAUCAACAAGAAGGUUUCUUGUUCAAGGAAAAGAAGUUAUGCAUUCCCCAAGGGUCCAUGCGGGAAUUGCUGGUUCGGGAGGCCCAUGGUGGCGGCCUCAUGGGACAUUUUGGUAGAGAUAAAACUCUAAGUGUCCUAACCGACCAUUUCUUUUGGCCGAACAUGAGGAAGGACGUUGGGAACUUGUGCACCAAGUGCAUUGUCUGCCUUAAGACAAAAUCCAGGUUCUCCAAGAUGGCUCACUCUGCUUGUAACACAACCAAUGAUGCCACUCAAAUCGCCCACCUGUUCUUUAAGGAGGUG